AUGGCUGGUGGAGAGCCUAUCUACUCUUCGACUCGGCUCACCAAGGACCCCGAGGUCACUGAAAUCCACCAAGUUCAACGCCUUCAAGCUCCUCCGGUCCAACAUGUCCAAGAGAUCAUCACAGACGAGGUCAUCGAAAUCCCUGUCGACGUACCCGAGAUUCAAUACAUUGAGGAGGUCGAGGAGAUCCCUAUGGUGCAGUACAUUGAGAGGAUCGUCGAGGUGCCGGAGAUUCAGUACAUCGAGAAACCGGUAGAGAAAAUCGUCUACAUUGACGUCCCUAAAGUUGUGCAUCAAGAAAGGAUCGUCAACAAGCCGGUCAUCCAAUACGUCGAGGUCCCUAAGUACGUGAAGGUGCCUCGCCUUCGAGAGGAGGUGGUCCGAGUACAGCAGGAGCGCAUCAUUGAAGAUAUUGUGGAGGUGCCUGUGGACCAGAUCGAAGAGGAAAUCAUCGAAGUGCCGAAGGUUCAGUACCAAGAGAGGAUCGUCGAGAAGCCUGUGAAGCAGGUGGUUACUAUCCACGUCAAUCGACACGUGCCGGAAAUUGAGGAGGAGGUCGUCGAGGUUAAGGUCCCCCAAGUGAUCGAGGAGGUUGUCGAGGUCCCCCGGAUACAGUACGUCGAACGCGUUAUUCACAAGGAGGUUGCAACGAUCAUUGAGGUCCCCGUUUACCGUGAAGUCCCGGUCAUCACAGAGGAGACUAUCGAGAUACCAGUGGAGGAGAUCCACGAGGAGAUCGUCUACGUGCCGAAGGUUGAGAAGGUCGAGCGCAUCGUCGAGCGCCCUGUCGAGCAAAUCAUUGAGGUUCCUCGUAUUGUGGAAGUCCCCGAGAUCAUCGAGGAGAUCAUUGAGAUCGAGAGGCGUGUUCCUAAGGUCAACAUUGAGGAGGUCGUCCGUGAGGUCCCUCGUCGUGAGAUACAAGAGAGGAUCAUUGAGGUUCCGAAGGUCACUCGAACUGUCGUUGACCAGGAGAUCGAACAGCAAGUCCAGGACGUUAUCAUUGAAAAGAAACGGGUGGUCGAGAAGAUCGUCGAGAGGAAGCGUCCGAUCGUGCAGAAGAUCCACAAGAAGGUUCCUAAGCUCGAGGUCCAGGAGGUCAUUCGUGAGGUCCCAAAGGUCGUCUAUGAGGAGAAGAUUGUCGAGAUCACUAGGGAGGUUCAGAGGGAAGUCCCUGUGAUCGAAUACAUCGAUAAGGUUGUUGAGGUGCCUCAAAUCGAAUAUGUUGAGAAGAUCAUCGAGAUUGAGGAGGAACAGGUGGUCUACAAGGAGGUACCGGAGAUUGUCGACAGGCACGUCCAGAAGGUCGUUCAUGUGCCCAACGUUCGCAAGGUCCAGAAGUACAUCGAGGUGCCUACGAUCGAGUAUGUUGACAAAGUGGUGGAGAUACCUCAAGUGGAGUAUGUCGAGGAGUACGUCGAUGUCCCCUUCAAACAGAAGGUUCGGAAGGUCGUCCACGUUGCUGAUGUCCAGAGGGUUCAGAAGAUCAUCGAGAUCCCACAAGUGGCCUAUGUCGACAAGGAGAUCGAGAUCCCUAUCACUCAACAAGUCCAGAAGGUCGUGGAUGUGCCGAUCAAUAAAACUGUUCAGAAGGAGGUUCGCGUACCUCAAGUUCGGACGGUUCAGAAGUACGUCGAGGUCCCGCAGAUCGAAUACGUGGAUAUUCCUCAAGAUGUGGUUGUCCCCAAGUACGUGGAUGUUAUCCAGGAGCAUAAGGUUCCUCAGAGGGUCCAGAAGUACCAGGACAAAAUCAUUGAGGAGGAGGUGUUUCAGACGGUCGAGAAGGUCGUCGAGGUACCUCAGAUCGAGACGGUCGAGCGGUACAUUGAAAUUCCUCGAGAGGAGACGGUCACUGGUGAACAGCGAACGAUAACUACCCAGUUGGAGACUAUUCGCAUCGAGGGUGGUAUUGAACGACUCCAUGAGCGUGUUGAUGGCACUGCCUAUGACCCCGAGCCGGCCCACAUCUAUACGUCGAUUUCUACUCAUGACCUCCCUCCUGGGAGUUUGAGUCGGUAUCAGGUACAACAAUUGGCCCAACAGAAGCAGCAGCAGCAGCAUCGUGAUGAUCAGCGUAUGUCCUCUCCGACACCGGACCAGGGUUUCAACCAGAAAUCCUUGGCGGAGAUGUUCAACAGUUAUGGUCAGCAGCCCUACUACUAA